GUCUUGUUCAUCAAUCAACGGGGCUUUCAUUCGACACCCCUUUGUGUCGCCUGUUUCUAAGAUUGUUCUUUCAACCCCGCCAUGACCUAGAUCUUUUGUAUCCAACGUCGAGUGCAGUUGUACAAGAACAGUGAGGCUAGGCAGCUUCUCGCUGUAGCCGGUGUACAGUCAACAUGGCUGCCGCUACGAUCGAAUUGCCUUACCUCGCGUCGCAUUACUCCAUUGCGGAGUCCGCGCUAAAUACCCUUACUCAGGCCCCUACGGUCGAACUGGUGAACCAGCUCUUGGAAGCUAUCACGAAGAAGGCUCGCGACCAUGACGAGCUAAAGUCGGAUAAGCUUCGCUUGGAGGUGGAGCUCGAAAAUGCCGUUCGCAGUAGCGAUUCGAAGAUCAAAGUUUUGAAGAACUCCGUCGAAAAGGGCCACGCCGAGGUGGAGGAGACGAGGAAGAAAUUACAUGAGGCUGAAAACACCUGUUCCAACCUGGAAUCCGAAAUCGCCUCGCUGAAGUCGUCGUCUACGUCCAAUGAAUCCGAAGUUUCCUCCCUCAAGUCGCGUAUCUCGUCCCUCGAAGCUUCCAACAGAGACACCCUCUCGCUCCUGGAGUCCAAGUCCGCCGCCUACGACAAGCUGGCCGAGGACCUUUCGACACAGCACAAGAAAGCCAUUGAGCUGCGCCGUGAGCUGUCCACUGCCGAGCAGAACCUGCAAGCCGCCAACUCCGCAUCCGCUAGUGCCCGAUUCCGCGAGCAGAGCCUGGAGCAGGAUCUGGACUUGACCAAGAAAAACAACGAGUGGUUCGAGACAGAGCUGAAGACCAAAUCUGCCGAGUAUCUGAAGUUCCGCAAGGAAAAGAGCGCGCGGAUCUCGGAGCUCCAGCGUGAAAACGAGGAAGCCAUCUCUACGAUCGACUCUCUAAGACGUAGUGAGAACGCCCUCAAGAGCCGUCUUGAUGAGGUCGAACAGCGCUACGAAGAGUCUCUUUCUACUAUUCAUCAACUCAGGGAGGAUGCUAUCCAGGCUGCCGAAUCGUUCAGAAUCGAACUUGACAGUGCCAACCGCCUGGCUGAGCUACAAGGAAAUGCCGCCGAAACCGCCAAGCAGCGUGUGCAGGAGUGUCAACUGGCUCUGGAGAAGGCACAGGAUGAUGCGGCAGAGGAAAUCUCGCGCCUGCGUGUGGAGGUUGAGACGGAACACAGUGAUAAGGAAGCCGCCGAACGUCGUGUCGCCGAGCUCGAGCUUUCUGUCAGUCAACUCGAAUCGGAAGGUGCCGGCAGUCGGAACGCCAUGAGCCCGGGACUGAAUGGAGGACCUAGCACCCCCAUGCGUGCUUCCACCCCGAUUGGUGCUUUCUCGCCAAGGACCUCCCGGGGCAAGGGCAGCCUUACGCUCACCCAGAUGUACACGGAAUACGAUAAAAUGAGAACACUUCUGGCUGCGGAGCAGAAGACAGGUCAAGAACUCAGAACCACCGUCGAUGAAAUGAUGCAGGAUCUUGAAGCAUGCAAGCCCGAGAUUGAUGAGUUGCGAGCCGAGAACACGAGACUGCAAGACGCAGUUGUUGAGAUGUCGAAUAUCUUGGAAUCGUCUGGAAAGGAGAGGGACGAUGCCACGAAGGAGGCAAGGAAGUGGCAAGGCCAGGUGGAAGGAUUGUCACGCGAAGGUGACAUCUUGCGCCAGCAGCUUCGAGACCUGAGUGCUCAGAUCAAGGUCUUGGUGCUGGAGGUGGCAAUUAUGAAGGAGGGUGAAGGUAGCUACGACAGGGAGGAGCUUGAGAAGGUUGCCCGCAAGGAAAUUGAUGACUCUGCUGCGGAGCUCACUCCCACAGGACGUUUCAUCAGCCACAACCUGAUGACAUUCAAGGAUCUUCAUGAACUGCAGGAGCAGAACGUCACCCUUCGACGGAUGCUUAGGGAAUUGGGUGAUAAGAUGGAGGGAGUUGAAGCUCGCGAGAAGGACGCUGUGCGCCAGCAAGAACAAGAGGAAUUGAAGGAACUGAGAAUCCGAGUGCAGACGUAUCGCGACGAAAUCUCCAACCUUGUUGCGCAGACGAAAAGCUAUGUGAAGGAACGGGAUACUUUCCGAAGCAUGCUCACGCGCCGACGUCAAACCGUUGGCGACUCUUCUGUCUUCUCCCAAUCACUGCCCCUGGGCGCUGCCCCGCCGACCGAAGAGCAGGCCAAGGACACCACCGAUUAUGCGGACUUGCUGCGCAAGGUGCAAGCUCACUUCGACAGCUUCCGCGAGGAGUCUGCCACGGAUCACUCCGCCCUGAAGCAGCAAGUGCAUGAUCUUUCCCGGAAGAACAGCGAAUUGAUGAGUGAGAUCAGUCGCUCGAGCAGCCAACUUGGCGCCGCCUCUCAGCGUGCAGAACUUCUCCAGAGCAAUUUCACUAUGCUCAAAAACGAAAACUCCGAGCUCCAGAAACGAUAUGCGACACUCUUGGAGAACGCCAACCGGCAGGAUCUGAAGACCCAACAGGCUGCGGAGGACCUGGUUGAGACAAAGGGUCUGGUUGAGAGCCUUCAGCGGGAGAGUGCGAACCUGAAGGCCGAGAAGAGUCUUUGGAAAAACAUCGAAAAGAGACUCAUCGAGGACAACGAAACGCUGCGGAAUGAGCGAGGCCGCCUUGAUUCGCUCAACGCAAACCUGCAGACCAUUCUCAACGAGCGCGAACACAACGAAUCCGAAAGAACCCGCCGCCUCGAGCACAAUGUCGAAUCCCUCGAAUCCGAAUUGCAGUCAACGAAACGGAAACUCAACGACGAAGUUGAGGAAUCGAGGAAGGCAUCCUUGCGGAGAGAGUAUGAACAUGAGCAAAGUCAGAAACGGAUCGACGACCUGGUUACCAGCCUGGGCUCUGUUAGAGAGGAGCUCGUUGCCACGAAAACAACGAGAGACCAUCUGCAGACCAGAGUGGACGAACUCACAGUGGAGCUUCGGAGCGCUGAAGAGCGCAUUCAAGUUGUUCAGUCGAAGCCCAGCGCCCCUGCACCGGCUGCUGAACAGCCUGAAGCCACCGAAGAGAACGGGCAGAGCAGUGACUUGACCCGUGAGCAGGAGUUGGGCAUCCAAGUUGCCGAAUUGAAGCGUGACUUGGACCUGGCCAAGGGCGAACUUGAGCAUGCCAAGGAGCAAGUCGAAGACUACAAGGCUAUCAGCCAAGCAACCGAAGAGCGUCUGCAGUCUGUGACGGAUACCAACGAGCAAUACCGCGAGGAUACCGACCGCCUUGUUGAGGAGAAGGACAAGAAGAUCCAGGACCUUGAGAAACGGAUCGAGGAGAUCUCAUCAGAGCUCUCUACCACAAAUACGGAGCUGUCGAAGAUCCGUGAUGAACAAGGGGAGGCGGCACGCCGCCUGGAAGAACAGAAGACUGCCCUUGAAACCGAAAUCACUCGUUUGAAGGACGAGAACGAGCGCCAGGUCACUUCCUCUCAGUUCCACCAAGACGACAUCAAGGCCCAGGCAGAGAUUGCCCAGCAUGCCCAGCAGAACUACGAAGCCGAGCUGGUCAAACAUGCUGACGCGGCGAAGAACCUGCAACUGGUUCGCUCAGAGGCUAACCAGCUCCGGUUGGAACUUGUUGAGGUGCGGACGAAGGCCGACACCUACCAGAAGGAUCUUACGCAAAAGGAAGAGAGCUGGAACGAGCUGAAGGAGAAGUACGAGGGUGAGCUGACGGAGCUGCACAAGCGCCGUGAAGAGGUUCUCCAUCAGAACAACCUGCUUCAUACUCAACUGGAAAACAUCACCAACCAAAUCACGGCCUUGAAGCGGGAUCGUGCUAGCAUUCCUGAAGAAGAACAAGGAGAGGCAGUGGCGCCCGAUCUGGAGAACCUCCAGGAAGUCAUCAAAUACCUGCGACAAGAGAAGGAGAUCGUUGACGUUCAAUAUCACCUUUCUACCCAAGAGAGCAAACGCCUUCGCCAGCAAUUCGAAUAUACGCAAUCUCAGCUCGAUGAGGCCCGACUCAAGCUGGAGCAGCAGCGUCGUGCCGCUGCGGACAGCGACCAUAAUGCACUGAGCCACAACAAGCUGAUGGAGACUCUGAACGAGCUCAAUCUUUUCCGAGAGAGCAGCGUCACGCUUCGCAGUCAAGUCAAGCAAGCCGAGACCGCUCUUGCCGAGAAGUCAGGACGCGUCGAUAGUCUUGAGCAGCAGAUCGAACCAUUGAAAACCAAGAUCAGCGAACUUGAGAAUGUCGUGGAAACCAAAGACGAAGAAAUGCGACUCCUGCAGGCAGACAGGGACCGUUGGCAGCAGCGCACCCAGAACAUCCUGCAGAAAUACGACCGUGUUGAUCCUGCUGAGAUGGAAGGGCUUAAAGAGCAGCUCACGACAUUGGAGAAGGCAAGGGACGAAGCUGUGGCCGCUCGCGACGCUCUGCAGGCCGAGGUUGACGGGUUCCCGGAGAAGAUGAAGACCCAUGGGGAUGAACGAGUCCACGACCUGCGUGCCAAGCUCACCGAGCAGUUCAAGGCUCGAUCCAAGGAGCUAAGCGGGCGUAUCAACGCGAAACAAGCGGAGAUGAACGCCGUCAUCCAAGAGAAGGAAGUGCUGCAGGAAGAGUUGAAGACCACCAAGGAGGAGCUGACUGCGGUCAAGGCCAAGCUGGCUGAGAAGCCCGCCUCCCCUGCUGCUGCGCCUGUUGCGGAGGAACCACCCACUGCUCCCACUGCUGGUGUCGACUCUACCCCGGCGUCCCAGUUCCCCGUGGCGACCACCCAGGUGGCUGUGCCCGCCGACGAAGAGAAGGUUAAGGCAUUGGAGGAGAAGAUACAGCGCCUGGAAGCUGCUCUGGCCGAAAAGGAUGCCGCCAUCGCCGCCAAGGACGCAGAGCGCGAGGCGAGGAUCAAGGAGCGCGCCGACAGGCUCAAGGAAACCUUCAACAGCAAGAUGGCUGAAGUUAGGGCUGCUCACCGUCAAGAACUUGAGAAUCUCAAGUCCGCGCAACCCUCGGCACAAGCACCCGCGCCUCAAGAACCCAACACCCCUGGCCCGCAAAACCAGCAGGCUCCUGCAACUCCUGUGAAAUCCGAUGGAGAACUUCCUGAGCUCACCGAUGCCCAGGCCAGAGCUUUGGUUGCCUCGAACAAGACCAUCCAGACUAUUGUCCGAAGCAACAUCCGAGCCAUGGUUGCUAAGGAGAAGGAGAAGGACAGCCAGGAAGCGCACGAAUCCAACCAGGAGUCUAUGUCCGCUAUGGAGCAACGAUUCAACCAAGAAAGAGAGGCUCUCAAGAAAGCGCACGAAGAAGGUCUGGAGGAGAAGAUCAAAUCCGCGGUCGAGCUGUCUGACAAGAAAACGUUGGUCAAAAUCAGCAUGCUGGACACUCGGUGCAGGACUGCUUUGGCCAAGAUCGAAGUUGUUCAGAAGGCCGCCACCGACACCCCGCAAAAACCAGUGGUUGAAGUAUGGGAAGUAGCCAAGACAACCAAGGCACCACCUGCUGCUCCUCCCAAACCUCAACCGGCUGCUUCACCUGCCCAACAGCCACCGCAACCCGCCGCGCAGCCACCAACCCCUGUACCGGUAAUGACCCAACCGACACCUGCGGUGACAGCUCCCCCUCAGCCUACACCCGCUGUCCAAAGUCAGCAGCAAGCCCAGCCACAAGUUUCGGUGUCGGCACCAGUACCUCAACCUGAGCCGGCCCCAGAGUCUGCUGCUCCCGAGUCUACUCAAGUCGAGCCUGAGACUCAAGCCGACGGAGAGCAGGAGCAAGAAGAGGGACAGGUCGAAGAAACCGACAGCGCUCCGGCUACUGCCCCCCCGGCGGCCAAUGGGCCCCAGCAACAGCAGCAACCUUCAUCCCUGCCUAGCAAACCUCCUGCGGGAUCAGGGGUCAUCAGAGGCCUCCAAAGUGCCCUUCCAGUUGCGAGAGGCGGUCGAGGAGGCGGUCGUGGUGGUCAACACAACCCAUUCGGGCCCCAAGGUCAGCAGCAACAGCAGCAACAGGGCCAGUCCCAGCGUGGCACGGGUAUUGGUCGCGGCCGGGGAGGCCGAGGCGGAUUUGGUCGAGGCGCAAACCAGAACGUGCAGACCAAUAUUCCUCAGGGACAGGGACAGGGACAGGGACAGCCUAGUCCUGGAGGUGGACGAGGCCAUCUGAGCGCCAACGCCCGUCAAUUUGUGCCCCAAGGGAACAAACGAGCUCGCGAGGAUGGCGGUGAUGGCGGAAACGAUGGGGCAGCCAACGCUGGAAAGAGGAUGAGAGGCGGUGGACAGCCUAGAGGAUCGUGAUCUAAUUUCCGUGUAUUUGUUCAUUUAUGUUUUACUAUUUUUGUUUUUGACUGCUUGAAGCGUUUUUCUUUAUUCAUGAACAUCUGGACUGCGAGAAGACAGCAAUCUUCGGGAAAAUCUCUUUACAUACAUUUCUUUUGUUUUGAUCGAGUCAACUAUCUUUUCUGUCUUUUGUUUCUUUUUCCUCAUGGCUUAGGAGUAUCUGGACGUACCAUAGGCAAUUCCACUGGUCAUCCC